AUGGAGCAUGUUCACGGCGUCGACGUCAGCUGGAUGACCCACGGCUCUCCAAAAGACAAAGGUGCAAAAAACACCACGACCCGUCCGAUCACACAGCAACAGUCUCGGGAAACCCCACGAUCCUCUCCAGCGUCCGUGGGCUCUGACGCGCCGUCACCGACUUCACCCACUUCUCCCGUCGCUGCCACCAGCGGCAGUAGCACCAACGGCAACACUGUCACUGAGGAUGGCGCCUUGCCAAAGUCCAUCCCCACGACUCGACCUGGGGUGAGGAGAACCGAAUCGAGCGAGAAGCCUGGCCCCAACGGCACACCCCCGCAUCGCAGGAACUCGUGGUUCUCUAGCAUAUCCUCCAAAUUCUCCUCGUCGCCGAAUCCAAGCACCACGGCCCCCAGUAGCAGUCCGACCGCCCAGCCGCCUCAGACCACGCCGCCCAAGGACACUACACCAGCCCCGCCCAAGGCGGUACCCAGCAGAAAUGCCGUCCUUCAGCACGCGACCAAGCCCGAUGGCGACCUGCCCUACACACCAGCUCCUCCCAGUCGCGGCCAGUCUAGUUUCCUUGGUGUCUUCCGUCGUCUGUCUUCUUCCGGCGGCGCUCUCCACAAUAGCCAGAGGGGCAACCAUGGGCUGGUCGAAAGAAAGAUUCUCAACGUCGACCGAAACCGGGAGCGCUGUGCUAUUGCUGCGCUUCACCAGGCCAAGCUCCGGAGGGUCGCUUUCAGUGUUGACGUCGAGAUUGCACCCAUGCCCAAAUACACUGACGCGGAAAAUGGUGUCAAGUCGACGGUCCCCGCCGACAAGUCCACGAAGCGAAAGCUAACGGAAAAGGGUGAGGGCGAGGCGCUGAAGAACCCAAAAACGAUCGAGGAACAGAAGGAGCAAGAAGGCGUCAUGAGGGCUUACGGGUUAUUCUCGCUGGACUACUCGCUGCCAGGCGGCCAGAGAGCAGGAGACGAAAACAGGUUACUCACCCUGAAGGUCUCACUCGACAAGGUGGCGUUUGUUGAACGGCUGGUACUGAAGAACAACAAGCUGGGCGUCGAUGGUUGGAAGCAUACCUGUCUGUUCAUCUAUCUUUGCCGGACGCUGAGGCACCUCGAUUUGUCGAUGGUCCCUCUGCCACGACCCGUAUCGCCCAAGACCCAUCCUGGCCAUCGGCCUCUUCACUUGCCUCAUCUUCACCACCAAUCUGAAGAGAUCACGCUGGCUUCCUUGUUCUCUAAGGCUGUGGGACAACGCCUCGCAGGCUCAAACUUGGAGCUGCUACACAUCGGAGGCAUCGAACCGACAUCAGAGGAACUCGGCACCAUUAUUGAUGGCGUUAUUGAGUGUGGCGUGAAGCGAUUGGGCCUUGCUCAUAAUAAUAUCGACGACAAGGGCUUGGAACAUGUUGCGAGGUGGGUCACCAGCGGCAACUGUGUAGGCCUUGACCUCGGCGGCAACGACCUGCGGGAGAACCUCGAAGUGUUUGCCAAUGCCAUCUCAUCAGACUCUCCACUUUGGGGCCUUAGUCUGGCAGAAUGCAAUCUGCGCGCGGGGACUUUGUGCAAGAUCCUGCCCAAGCUUAACGGAGCCGAGUGCCAUCAGCCUACUUCGAAACUCGAAAACCUCAGGCGGAUUCAUUUAGCAGACGUGGCGAUGUCAUCUGAGCAGGCCAUUGCACUAGCUGAGAUCCUACCCGAAGUGCAGAAUCUCGCUCACAUCAGCUUCCUCGAGAACCCUGAUCUCGUUAACUUGGCCGACGCCCAAACCGAGGAGUCUCAAGAAGAAGCAUGCGCCCUCUAUGCAUCUCUCCUGGCUGCCACCCGAGUCUCGAACACGAUGGUCUGUGUCGACAUUGACGUCCCCAGCGAGCGGUCGGGCGAGAUCGUUAAGGCGAUGGCUAAGCAGGUUGUGGCGUAUUGCUUGCGUAACUUGCAGCGCUUCCCCAUUGCGGAAAUCAGCUCUGCCGUUCAAGCCCUCUCGGACGGUCAGGAUGCACCGGCUGGACAGGAACCGCCAUAUCCCGAUGUCCUGGCCCACCUUGUCGGUCACGACGUGCUUAACCAAGACGAAGUUGCGUCCGAUGACGAGUCUGCUCCUGAUGACGACUACGUUAUUGGUGGUACAGGCGUGGUGAAGGCUCUGACCUGUUGCCUCAAGAACAGGGGCGACGAAUCGAGGAGGCAGUCUGGGGAGUUCAUCAGAGAGGUUGAGGGCGGUAUCACGCUACCCGCCAUUCCCCAGCCGAGGCUGCCUCACGGCAAGGCCAAGGUCAUGUCAAAGCACCUACUCGCGAGUGCCCGGAAGAUCAGGGUGCGCCUGCAGCCAGCCAUUGCGCGGGCCAAGAACAACGCGAGCGACGAGGAGAAUUAUCGCAAGCUGAUGUUCCUGGAUACAACGCUGGCCAAUAUCAUCAAGCGGUUCGAGGACGAAUUUCCGGACACACGCGUCGACGAGUCCACCGAACAGACAGUGGCCGACGCGGCGUCGGCCAAGUCCGAUCAGCUCGGCACGUCGUUAUCGUCCGAGCUCGACCCAGAGCAAAUCGCCAUCCCGUCGGAUCCUGAGGACGACCUCGACCUCCAAGUGCGGCCCAGCGUGUCGCGCAGCAAUUCAAUCAUGUCGCACACGUCCCGCGCGCUUGCUGAUGAGGAGGGUCGCAUACUCCGCGCGGGCCACAAAUUCCGCUCCGGCAUCAUCAAGCCCGAGCAUUACGGCCUCCUCAACAGCCCAGACGAGCUCAGCUUUGAGCCAAAGCAUGAGGCGUCCAUGCUGGACAUGGUCGAGGAGCUCGAUGACCCCGAGCUCAGCCGCAAGGCCAAGGAAAAGGGCAUCAUUCGCCUCUUCCGGGAGGACAGGGUGGAGAUCUCCGAAGCCCUUCGUCGCGUGGACCCAGAGUACUGGGAGCGUUUCGUCGAGAGCCAGGAGAAGGCGAGGGGGAAUGUGCAGGUGUCCUCGGUGACGAACGGGGGCGCCAAGCCCGCGCAGGGGGACGAGAGCGCCGUCGUUGACGACGCUUGA